AUGUCGGAUAACGAAUCCAACACCAACUACACCACGCCCAGCCGAAAUCUAGUCGCCCAAGCCUCCGAUUUCGAGACCCAAACUUCCCCGGCCUCCUCGCGGCCGGUCUCCUACAUCCAAUCCCCCAACACCCCGACCCCAGAGCCUCGAGUCUUUCGCCCACGGCCCAAGUCAGAAACAUUCGCCAAGAAGGAUCAUGUCGUGAGGUUUGCUGAUCCGCAGACGGAUGAUGCUGAAGAACUAGAUAUACCCCAGCGGCUUCGAUCUCCGUCCUCAACCUGGACUGCCCACAGCGAGGACGACAGUGCUUACUCAGAGUUGAGCGAUGGCAAUAUUGGCACAUCAAUGCAACCUCGGAAAAGACGGAGGAGAGCCCCCAGGUCGGCGAUGCGGUAUCUCGUAGCUCAACCGCCUACCCCGAAGCAUCGUCGCUUCAUUCAUGCGCGGCCCAAGCUUCUCCUUCAGCUUCAGCAGUUUACAGACGUUCGCCCCAAACCCGCAUUUGAUGUCCUAUCCAGCAACGUUCUCCGGGGCUCCCUACUCGGAUCCUCGAGUAUGAUGAAUCGUUUUCCCAGGCUUCUGGGCCGGGGUGCCCACUUAGGGCCCAACGAUCUCAUCGUCGCGGAGAGCGAGGACUACGACUCCCUAACGCCCGUUGAUGACCAUGAUCCACUGAGCAAUCGCGAACUGCUGGCAGUCAUAAGCCCUCGCAUAGCCCCCGAAGGCGGCACAGAUAUCGUUCUUGCCGACGGGUCCAUAUGGACGGCAUAUCAAAUGCCCAAUGCCUCGUACGAAUUCCACAAUAUUAACGAGGACGGCCACACUGUCAUCGCUCGCUGGGUCAAGAGAAAAAUCGCGUUUGAAGAUGAAGAGCAUUACAAGUACACCUUUAGCCUCAUUGACCGCGCAACAAGACGGCACCCCAUCUUGGGCACACUAACACAGUCGACGCUGGAAGUGCUCAACCAGUACACUACCGGCGUAUUCAAGCCUAGGCUCACCAUCGACCACGAGCGUCUCGGUGAACGGGUCCGUUCGCUCUCGCAGAGUUUCUGGUUCGCCGUCGAUCCUCAGCGCCCCAUGCCAGUCCAGUAG